AUGUUCAUGAACAUUUUCAAAUCCAUGCCCGCUCGGGCUCAGGCUUUCGCCUCCGUGAAGCCCCAGGCCCGUUUCAUGGCCACUGUCCGCCAGCGUGCCCCCCUGGAGCCUGCCACCUUCACCAUCCGCGACGGCCCCAUGUUCACUGGUAAAUCUUUCGGUGCUCGUUCCAACAUCUCCGGAGAGGCCGUGUUCACUACUUCUCUGGUCGGCUACCCCGAGUCCUUGACCGACCCUUCCUACCGAGGCCAGAUCCUUGUCUUCACUCAGCCACUCAUCGGCAACUACGGUGUGCCUUCCGCGGAGAAGGAUCCCAACGGCCUUCUCAAGUACUUCGAGUCCCCCCACCUCCAGGCGGCUGGUGUCGUCGUUGCCGAUGUGGCUGAGCAGUACAGCCACUGGACCGCCGUCGAGAGCUUGGGUGAGUGGUGUGCGCGGGAAGGUGUUCCGGCCAUCUCGGGCGUUGAUACUCGUGCCAUUGUCACCUACCUUCGUGAGCAGGGUUCUUCCCUGGCCAAGAUCACUGUGGGUGAAGAGUAUGACGCCAACGAGGAUGAGGCCUUCACCGACCCCGAGCAGAUUCACCUGGUGCGUCAGGUCAGCACCAAGCAGCCCUUCCACAUCAGUGCGGCGGACCCUCACUCGCACGUCGCGGUCAUCGACUGCGGUGUGAAGGAGAACAUCCUGCGCAGUCUGGUCAACCGGGGCUCCAGUGUUACCGUCUUCCCCUUCGAUUACCCCAUUCACAAGGUGGCUCACCACUUUGACGGUGUCUUCAUCUCCAACGGUCCUGGUGACCCCACCCACUGCCAGGACACUGUCUUCAACCUGCAGCGCCUGAUGGAGACCUCCCAGGUCCCCAUCUUUGGUAUUUGCCUUGGCCACCAGCUGCUUGCUCUGGCUGCUGGUGCACGCACCAUCAAGCUCAAGUACGGCAACCGGGCCCACAACAUUCCCGCUUUGGAUCUGAGCACCGGUCGCUGCCACAUCACUAGCCAGAACCACGGUUAUGCUGUGGAUGCCUCCACCCUCCCUUCAGAGUGGAAGCCCUACUUUGUGAACCUGAACGAUCAGAGCAACGAGGGCAUGAUCCACAAGUCUCGUCCCAUCUUCAGCACUCAAUUCCAUCCCGAGGCCAAGGGCGGUCCCCUUGACUCCUCUUACCUCUUCGACAUCUACCUGGAGAGCGUGCAGAAGUAUAAGAAGAGCCAGGCUGGUCUCUACCCUCAGCGUGACAGCCGUCCCAGCCCCCUGUUGGUGGAUCUUCUGGGCAAUGAGCGCGUGGGUGUCCAACCCACCGUUGGUAUGCAGAACAUUGCUGCCGCUGCCGCUGCCGCCGCGGCUGCUUAG